AUGGAAUCUGAAGCGGCAACUAAGGGAAAGCCAUUGAAGAACAUUGGUAGCCAAGUGUGUCAGAUCUGUAGUGAUAAUGUGGGGUUGACUGUUGAUGGUGAGCCAUUUGUUGCGUGUGACGUCUGCGCGUUUCCAGUUUGCAGACCUUGCUAUGAAUAUGAAAGGAAGGACGGUAAUCAAUCUUGCCCUCAGUGCAAAACCAGAUACAAGAGACAUAAAGGAAGUCCUGCAAUUCUUAGUGACGGAGAGGAGGCUGGUGUUGCUGAUGAUGGACCUGAUGAUCACCAUUACUCUGAAAAUCAGGCUAACAAGCAGAAGAUUUCAGAGCGCAUGUCGAGCUGGGACAUGAAUUAUGGGCGGGGAGAAGGUUCCUUACCGAAAUAUGAUAAAGAGGUCUCCCACAACCACAUUCCUCUGCUUACCAAUGGAACAGAUGUGUCUGGAGAACUAUCUGCUGCAUCACCUGGACGCCUUUCGAUGGCAUCUCCACCUCAUGGUGGUGGUGGUGGAAAACCUAGGAUUGUGGAUCCAGUAAGGGAGUUUGGAUCCCAAGGCUUAGGCAAUGUUGCCUGGAAAGAAAGAGUUGAUGGCUGGAAGAUGAAGCAGGAAAAACCUGCUGCACCAAUGACUGCGAGCCAUCCUCCUUCUGAAAGAGGAGCUGGAGAUAUUGAUGCAAGCACAGAUAUUCUUAUGGAUGAUUCUCUACUGAAUGAUGAGGCUCGACAGCCACUAUCAAGGAAGGUUUCAAUUCCAUCAUCAAGGAUAAACCCUUACAGGAUGGUCAUUGUCUUGCGGUUGGUGAUUAUCUGCAUUUUCUUGCACUAUCGAAUAACAAAUCCUGUACCCAAUGCGUAUGCUUUGUGGUUAAUUUCUGUUAUCUGUGAGAUAUGGUUUGCCAUAUCCUGGAUUCUGGAUCAAUUUCCGAAAUGGCUUCCCGUGAACCGCGAAACAUAUCUCGACAGGCUUGCUCUUAGGUAUGAUCGCGAAGGAGAGCCAUCACAAUUAGCAGCUGUUGACAUAUUUGUCAGUACAGUCGAUCCCCUAAAGGAGCCUCCACUUGUUACAGCUAAUACCGUUCUGUCCAUUCUUGCGGUGGACUAUCCAGUUGACAAGGUGUCAUGCUAUGUUUCUGAUGAUGGUGCUGCCAUGUUGACAUUUGAAGCCCUGUCAGAAACAUCUGAAUUUGCAAGGAUGUGGGUUCCGUUCUGUAAAAAGUAUAAUAUUGAGCCACGGGCUCCAGAAUGGUACUUUGCUCAGAAGAUUGACUACUUGAAAGAUAAAGUUCAGCCAUCCUUCGUAAAGGACCGUAGGGCUAUGAAGCGCGAAUAUGAAGAGUUCAAAAUUCGUAUCAAUGGACUUGUUGCCAAAGCUCAAAAAGUUCCUGAAGAAGGUUGGAUCAUGCAAGAUGGUACACCAUGGCCUGGAAACAAUACUAGAGAUCAUCCUGGAAUGAUCCAGGUUUUCCUGGGCCAAAGUGGAGGUCUCGACAGUGAGGGUAAUGAGCUGCCUAGGUUGGUUUAUGUUUCUCGUGAGAAGCGCCCGGGGUUUCAGCACCACAAGAAAGCUGGUGCUAUGAAUGCUCUUGUUCGUGUGUCAGCAGUUCUUACCAACGGGCCUUUCUUGUUGAAUCUUGAUUGUGAUCACUACAUUAACAACAGCAAGGCCUUGCGUGAAGCAAUGUGCUUUCUGAUGGACCCAAAUCUCGGAAAAUAUGUUUGCUAUGUGCAGUUUCCUCAGAGAUUUGAUGGUAUUGAUAAGAGUGAUCGAUAUGCCAAUCGCAACACUGUCUUCUUUGAUAUUAACUUGAGAGGCUUAGAUGGCAUUCAAGGCCCCGUGUAUGUGGGCACUGGAUGUGUUUUCAACAGAACAGCUUUGUAUGGAUAUGAGCCUCCUCACAAACCUAAGCAUAGGAAGCCUGGAUUUCUCUCAUCCUGCUUUGGUCGAUCAAGUAAGAAAAGCUCUAAAUCAAGUAAGGGGUCAGAUAAAAAGAAAUCUAGCAAGCAUGUCGACCCCACUGUUCCCAUCUUCAGCCUGGAGGAUAUAGAAGAGGGUGUUGAAGGUGCUGGAUUUGAUGACGAGAAGUCAUUACUCAUGUCGCAAAUGAGUCUCGAAAAAAGAUUCGGGCAAUCUGCCGUUUUUGUUGCAUCUACAUUGAUGGAGAAUGGUGGUGUCCCUCAGUCUGCGACGCCAGAGACUCUUCUGAAAGAGGCCAUUCACGUUAUUAGUUGCGGGUAUGAAGACAAGAGUGAGUGGGGAAGUGAGAUAGGAUGGAUUUAUGGUUCUGUGACGGAAGAUAUUCUGACGGGGUUCAAGAUGCAUGCGCGUGGGUGGCGGUCAAUUUACUGCAUGCCCCCGAGGCCGGCCUUCAAGGGAUCGGCUCCGAUCAAUCUUUCAGACCGUCUGAACCAAGUGCUCCGGUGGGCCCUGGGGUCAGUAGAAAUUCUUUUCAGCAGGCAUUGCCCAAUAUGGUACGGGUAUGGUGGGAGGUUAAAAUGGCUGGAGAGGUUUGCAUACGUGAACACCACUAUAUACCCAGUCACCGCCAUCCCUCUUCUACUCUACUGCACGUUGCCAGCCGUUUGCUUGCUCACAGGAAAGUUCAUUAUUCCACAGAUUAGUAAUGUGGCUAGCAUAUGGUUCCUGUCCCUUUUUCUAUCGAUAUUCGCAACGGGAAUCCUGGAGAUGCGGUGGAGCGGGGUAGGCAUCGAUGAGUGGUGGAGGAACGAGCAGUUCUGGGUCAUCGGUGGGGUCUCGGCUCACCUGUUUGCCGUGUUCCAAGGGCUCCUCAAAGUAUUGGCCGGGAUCGACACCAACUUCACUGUGACGUCAAAGGCAUCGGACGAGGACGGGGACUUCGCGGAGCUUUACAUGUUCAAGUGGACGACGCUCCUCAUCCCACCGACCACCCUUCUCAUUGUUAACAUCGUGGGGGUCGUGGCCGGGGUAUCAUACGCCAUCAACAGCGGGUACCAGUCGUGGGGUCCACUCUUUGGGAAGCUCUUCUUUGCGUUUUGGGUCAUCGUUCACCUCUACCCCUUCCUUAAGGGACUGAUGGGCCGCCAGAACCGCACGCCCACUAUUGUCGUCGUCUGGUCCAUCCUGCUUGCCUCCAUCUUCUCCCUUCUUUGGGUACGGAUCGACCCCUUCACGACCCGGGUCACGGGCCCCGACGUCCAGCAGUGCGGCAUCAACUGCUGA